AAAGAACCUGGGUUUCUCUCUCUAUGUGUUUUCAUGUCCCAUUACUUGGCUCAAACUUCCAUCUAGCACCUGGCAAAAUAGAACCUGCUGACCAGUGGGGCCUCCUCAAAGAGGUUCCAACUUAACAUUGAGUUCUGUGAGAAAGUGGAAGCAAAAUACCAGUGAGAAGCAAUAGCAGUCUCAUCUGCCCAGGAGCAGAGAGUACAGGUUGGCUCUUAAGGUCUCCUGGAGCCCCACUGCACAUGUGCCUGCAGAUCAGUGGCAGCUCCCAGAGAGAAGCUAGGGGAAGCUUCUGAUCCCUGGGGCCCACAAGAGUAAUGCUCUCUCUGUCUGGGUCAUAGAUCCCAGGCCUCCCGCAUCCAGAGUUUCCAGGAUGGCUUCUGCAUCAACUUCUAAAUAUAAUUCACACUCCUUGGAGAAUGAGUCUAUUAAGAGGCCGUCUCGAGAUGGAGUCAAUCGGGAUCUCCCUGAGGCUGUUCCUCGACUUCCGGGAGAAACACUAAUCACUGACAAAGAAGUUAUUUACAUAUGUCCUUUCAAUGGCCCCAUUAAGGGAAGAGUUUACAUCACAAAUUAUCGUCUUUAUUUAAGAAGUUUGGAAACGGAUUCUGCUCUAAUACUUGAUGUUCCUCUGGGUGUGAUCUCAAGAAUUGAAAAAAUGGGAGGCGCAACAAGUAGAGGAGAAAAUUCCUAUGGUCUAGAUAUUACUUGUAAAGACAUGAGAAACCUGAGGUUCGCUUUGAAACAGGAAGGCCACAGCAGAAGAGAUAUGUUUGAGAUCCUCACGAGAUACGCGUUUCCCCUGGCUCACAGUCUGCCAUUAUUUGCAUUUUUAAAUGAAGAAAAGUUUAACGUGGAUGGAUGGACAGUUUACAAUCCAGUGGAAGAAUACAGGAGGCAGGGCUUGCCCAAUCACCAUUGGAGAAUCACUUUUAUUAAUAAGUGCUAUGAGCUCUGUGACACUUACCCUGCUCUUUUGGUGGUUCCGUAUCGUGCCUCAGAUGAUGACCUCCGGAGAGUUGCAACUUUCAGGUCCCGAAAUCGAAUUCCAGUGCUGUCAUGGAUUCAUCCAGAAAAUAAGACAGUCAUUGUGCGUUGCAGUCAGCCUCUUGUCGGUAUGAGUGGGAAACGAAAUAAAGAUGAUGAGAAAUAUCUCGAUGUUAUCAGGGAGACUAAUAAACAGAUUUCCAAACUCACCAUCUAUGAUGCAAGACCCAGCGUAAAUGCAGUGGCCAACAAGGCAACAGGAGGAGGAUAUGAAAGUGAUGAUGCAUAUCAUAACGCCGAACUUUUCUUCUUAGACAUUCAUAAUAUUCAUGUUAUGCGGGAAUCUUUAAAAAAAGUGAAGGACAUUGUUUAUCCUAAUGUAGAAGAAUCUCAUUGGUUGUCCAGUUUGGAGUCUACUCAUUGGUUAGAACAUAUCAAGCUCGUUUUGACAGGAGCCAUUCAAGUAGCAGACAAAGUUUCUUCAGGGAAGAGUUCGGUGCUUGUGCAUUGCAGUGACGGAUGGGACAGGACUGCUCAGCUGACAUCCUUGGCCAUGCUGAUGUUGGAUAGCUUCUAUCGGAGCAUUGAAGGGUUUGAAAUAUUGGUGCAAAAAGAAUGGAUAAGUUUUGGACAUAAAUUUGCAUCUCGAAUAGGUCAUGGUGAUAAAAACCACACCGAUGCUGACCGUUCUCCUAUUUUUCUCCAGUUUAUUGAUUGUGUGUGGCAAAUGUCAAAACAGUUCCCUACAGCUUUUGAAUUCAAUGAACAAUUUUUGAUUAUAAUUUUGGAUCAUCUGUAUAGUUGCCGAUUUGGUACUUUCUUAUUCAACUGUGAAUCUGCUCGAGAAAGACAGAAAGUUACAGAAAGAACUGUUUCUUUAUGGUCACUGAUAAACAGUAAUAAAGAAAAAUUCAAAAACCCCUUCUAUACUAAAGAAAUCAAUCGAGUUUUAUAUCCAGUUGCCAGUAUGCGUCACUUGGAACUCUGGGUGAAUUACUACAUUAGAUGGAAUCCCAGGAUCAAGCAACAACAGCCGAAUCCAGUGGAGCAGCGUUACAUGGAACUCUUAGCCUUGCGCGAUGAAUACAUAAAGCGGCUUGAGGAACUGCAGCUCGCCAACUCUGCCAAGCUUUCUGAUCCCCCAACUUCACCUUCCAGUCCUUCGCAAAUGAUGCCCCAUGUGCAAACUCACUUCUGAGGGGGGCCCUGGCAGUGCAUUAGAGCUCGAAAUAAAGGCGAUAGCUGACUUUCAUUUGGGGCAUUUGUAAAAAGUAGAUUAAAAUAUUUGCCUCCAUGUAGAACUUGAACUAACAUAACGUUAAACUCUUGAAUAUGUGCCUUCUAGAAUACAUAUUACAAGAAAACUACAGGGUCCACACGGCAAUCAGAAUAAGGGAGCUGAGAUGAGGUUUUGGAAAACGCUGACACCUUUAAAAAACAGUUUUUGAAAGACAAAAUUGAGAUUUAAUUUACCUCUUGAGAAAUACUAUAUAUACAAUAUAUAUUUUGUGGGCUUAAUUGAAACAACAUUAUUUUAAAAUCAAAGGGAAAUAUGUUCAUGAAAUGCAUUUUCCUGAAGCUGCUUAACAGUUGCUUUGGAUUAUUUAAUAUGAAUCCAAAUGUGAAAGAUGCAUGUUACUGCCAAAACCAAAUUGAGCUCAGCUUCUUAGGCAUUACCCAAAAGCAAGGUGUUUAAGUAAUUGCCAACUUUUAUACCGUCAUAAGUGGUGACUUAAGGAGAAAUAGCUGUAUAGAUGAGUUUUUCAUUAUUUGGAAAUUUAGGGGUAGAAAAUGUUUUCCCCUAAUUUUCCAGAGAAGCCUAUUUUUAUAUUUUUAAAAAACUGACAGGGCCCAGUUAAAUAUGAUUUGCUUUUUUUUAAUUUGCCAGUUUUAUUUUCUAAAUCCUUUCAUGAGCUUGCCUAAAAUUCAGAAUGGUUUUCGGGUUGUGGCAGACCCCAAAGAGAGCACUGUCCAAGGAUGUUGGGAGCAUCCUGCUGCUUAGGGGAAUGUUUUCACAAAUGUUGCUCUAGUCAAUCCAGCUCAUCUGCCAAAAUGUAGGGCUACCGUCUUGGAUGCAUGAGCUAUUGCUAGAGCAUCAUCCUUAGAAAUCAGUGCCCCAGAUGUACAUGUGUUGAGCGUAUUCUUGAAAGUAUUGUGUUUAUGCAUUUCAAUUUCAAUGGUGUUGGCUUCCCCUCCCCACCCUACGCGUGCAUAAAAACUGGUUCUACAAAUUUUUACUUGAAGUACCAGGCAGUUUGCUUUUUCAGGUUGUUUUGUUUUAUAGUAUUAAGUGAAAUUUUAAAUGCACAGUUCUAUUUGCUAUCUGAACUAAUUCAUUUAUUAAGUAUAUUUGUAAAAGCUAAGGCUCGAGUUAAAACAAUUAAGUGUUUUACAAUGAUUUGUAAAGGACUAUUUAUAACUAAUAUGGUUUUGUUUUCAGUGAAUUAAGAAAGAUUAAAUAUAUCUUUGUAAAUUAUUUUACGUCAUAGUUUAAUUGGUCUACCAAGUAAGACAUCUCAAAUACAGUAGUAUAAUGUAUGAAUUUUGUAAGUAUAAGAAAUUUUAUUAGACAUUCUCUUACUUUUUGUAAAUGCUGUAAAUAUUUCAUAAAUUAACAAAGUUUCACUCCAUAAAAAGAAAGCUAAUACUAAUAGCCUGAAAGAUUUUGUGAAAUUUCAUGAAAACUUUUUAAUGGCAAUAAUGACUAAAGACCUGCUGUAAUAAAUGUAUUAACUGAAACCUAAAACUA